AUGCGCUUCUUCUCUACAGCAGCAGCCGUCCUCAGUUUUCCUCUGUUGGCAAGCGCGGAUUUGCCGGAAUACCAGGCUCAAUUCCAAAACUACCUAGACAAGUUCAUGGGAUAUGUCCCCAUCCCCAGCAAGAGCGACCCCGUUGGCGCUGCCGAGGCCAAGGUUGGAGAGAUGAAAAUGGAUGUCUUAACCUUGACCAACUGGAAGGAGACCCUGUAUGCCCCCGUGACGGACGGAAGCACUACGCCUGAGGAAGUGUGGGUGUUGAUUACUGGCGGUAACAAGACUUGUUUCGGCCACUGCGACAAGAUUGAGACCGCAUUCAACCAGAGCGCAGCGAAGUUCGCCGUCUUGCCGGGGGGGCCUCACACAGCACUCCUCAACUGCGAGAACGAGCCUGUCUUAUGCAACGCUUGGUCGGCCCCGACAGGUGCUCUGUGGAUCUUCGAGAUGUUGCCCGAGCCCGCUGAGAUCAACAUCUGGUCCAAGCGAUUGAACUUCACCACUACCACUAGUGACGAUAUCGUGCAGCUCCAGCAGGAUGGAUUCAAGGAGAAGGCCAAGCUGCAUGACGGCAUGUUCCACCCCUUCAACGGAUCUCUGGCCAAGAAUGGCUUGUCCAUCCCCGUGGGCUACGUCCUCUGGGGUUUCAACUUGAUCCCCAGCUGGCUGUUCAUGAUUGUUGUCUCUAUGCUGUCCAGGACCAUGAUGUCCAACCGCAUGGGCGCCCAGGGAGGUCGCCCAGGCGCAGCCGGUGCGGCUCCCGCUGGACGAGCCCAGUAA